AUGACUGGACUGUUACAGUCCUCCUUUCUUUUCCCCCUCAUUCUAGCUGGCUUCGUGCAGCCAGAUCCCAAGCUUGAAAAGAUGAAGAUGAAUUGCUCCAAAGACGUGAAGAGCACCAUCUAUGACUAUGGGGCCCUCACUCUUAAUGGAGGGGAACAUAUCCAUUUCAAGAAGUAUGCAGGCAAACAUGUCCUCUUUGUCAAUGUUGCCACCUAUUGUGGUCUUACAGCACAAUAUCCUGGUAUGUCCGUCCAGGGGGUGGAUAUAUACCUAAUUUCCAGCUUUUUGAAAAAGGGGAUGUGA